AUGCGGGACCGGCUGGAGCAGCUCCGGGCGAAGCAGGAUGCUGAGGAUGACACCGAUGAGAUGGAAAUCGCCAUCGACAACACAGCCUUCAUGGACGAAUUCUUUGCUGAGAUUGAGGAGACGAGGCAGAACAUCGACAAAAUUUCAGAGAACGUGGAGGAGGCCAAGAAGCUCUACAGUGUCAUCCUCUCGGCCCCCAUCCCUGAGCAGAAGACCAAAGAUGAAUUGGAGCAGCUCACAGCUGACAUCAAGAAGACGGCCAACAGCGUGCGCAACAAGCUGAAGAGCAUGGAGAGGAACAUCGAGCAGGAUGAGGCCCGCUCCUCUGCCGACCUGCGCAUACGCAAGUCCCAGCACUCAGUCCUGUCCCGCAAGUUCGUUGAUGUGAUGACCAAGUACAACGAGGCGCAGGUUGACUUCCGGGAGCGCAGCAAAGGCCGGAUCCAGCGGCAGCUAGAGAUCACUGGCAAGAACACGACCGAUGAGGAGCUGGAGGAGAUGCUGGAGAGCGGGAACCCCGCCAUCUUCACCUCAGGGAUUGUGGACUCGCAGAUCUCAAAGCAGGCACUGAGUGAAAUCGAGGGGCGGCAUAAGGACAUCGUGCGGCUGGAGAGCAGCAUCAAGGAGCUGCACGACAUGUUUGUCGACAUCGCCAUGCUGGUGGAGAACCAGGGAGCCAUGAUCGACCGCAUAGAAAACAACAUGGACCAGUCUGUCGGCUUCGUGGAGCGAGCUGUGGCUGACACCAAAAAGGCUGUCAAGUACCAAAGCGAAGCCAGGAGGGUGAGAGGGACCAACAGGAUCCCACAUUGCUCUGAGUCACCCCCUGAACCUCUGUCUUCUUGUCCCUUGUUCCCCUUCCCUGCCCAGCCCAUGUCCCAGCCUCACAGUCCCUCUCUCCCGUGCAGAAGAAGAUCAUGAUCAUGAUUUGCUGCAUUAUCCUUGUCAUCAUCCUCGCUGCCAGCAUCGGUAGCAUCUUCGCCUGACAUCCCAGCCACUCCCCACAGGUGAUGGGGUGCCCAUGGGGUUCAGGCCAGCAGCACUCACUCACAGAUGGGGUAGCAGUGCCAGCCGCCUCUGAUGCUUCCCGCUUACAGGUGGCCUUUCCCCAUCCUGUUCGGUGAUCCUACCCGUGGCCCUGGGACCCACCUGCCAAGCCUUGAGGACGUCACCCCGAGGUCCCCUCUCAUCCGCUGUCCUCACACCAGGGUCCCAUAGCUCCCUACUCACCAGCACGGAGCCAGCCACAGCCAGGGCUCUGCCUUGCCCGGUGGUGAAAGCAGCUCACCCCUCACUCAGAGCUUGUGUGCAGCUAUUCCUCCACGGAACUGCUCUCCAGAUGUGCCGACACCUGCACCACAGCCCUCCUCCCCAAUAAAGAGAUGACUCACACUCCACCCCAUGGUGCUGUGUCAGGGAGUCGUGUCACUCACCUCCGCAUCCCAUCCCCACAUUUGGGCCUCCACAACCCACAGUAAUCGCACCCAAAGGAAGGUAAUGAAGCUGGUGAGGGGUCCGGAGCACAGGUCUUAUGUGGAGUGGCUGAGGGAGCUGGGAUUGUUCAGUCUGGAGAAGAGGAAGCUGGAAAAGUAUUAUUGUUCUCUGCCACUCCCUGAAAUGAGGUUAUAGUGAGGUAAAGUUGGCCUCCUACCACAUAAGGAGUGAAAGGAUGAGAGGCAAUGACCUCAAGCUGUGCCAGGGGAGGGUCAGGCUGAAUAUUAGG